UUUUAUUUAAAACGCUGCUUGUCUGUUCACGUCGCAUGGCGAUUAUGACGUUUGGGAGGAGCACAAUUGCAAUUGUAUUUGUGACGCAAUUAGCUGUAGCUCUACCAGUACAAUGUCAGCAAAAAUACACUCAGCGUUUAUUCUACCAAACACAGAAGAAUCGUGUUAAAGACGUUCUUUGGUUUUGUUUUGUUUACCGCAGCAAUCAAAUUCAGCCGUAUAGUUAGUCAAUUUAUUUCCCAAUGUUAAGGCCCUUCUCAUUGGCAAAUUGGAUUCUCAAGCAUCCAACACUUGCCCGGUUCUUGAAUCCCAUUGCUAAAAUGUAUGCAAACUUAUCUGGCUACAAGAAGUUUGGACUUCGAUAUGACGAUUUAUUGAUGGAAGAAAACGAUGAAAUGGAAAAAGCGCUGAAAAGAUUGAACAAGAAAGAGGCCUAUGACCGGAUAUAUAGGCUCCGUAGAGCUGUUCAAUGUGAUAUCACGAGCAGCAUUCUACCAAAAUCGGAAUGGACCAAAGAUUCGGAAGAUGUACCAUAUGUUUCUCCACUAUUGGAUGAGGUUUUGCGAGAAAAGAAGGAACGCGAGGCCUUUGAUGCUCUCUACGUGAGAAAACCUGGUGGAAAUAUAAUGUAAUUGGAACCUUAUUUAUAUGUGUUUGAUAUACAAUGAUCAUUCCCUUGCCCACUUUCUAAAUUAGCGGUAUGCAUACUUGAGCUAUUUUUUUUUCUACACGACGAGUGUCUAUUUAAAUUAACUCUCUAAUGGACAGUUCGUUCAUGUUCUAAGUUGUUCCUGCGACUUCUGAUUUCAACGGACUUAAUUUUACUAUCAUCAUCAUUAUAUGAACGAAAAUCCAAGGGGUUUACGCAAGGUAUCAGUACGAUUGUUUUACGAUGAAGAUUGAAAAAAAAGUGAUGCGUAAACAUUCUAUAUUUUUAAUGAGACAAGCAUUCCUCUAGCAACACUUUCUUUCAGAAAGAUUGUUCAACUCCCGCUUAAGAGUGACUCUUUGUAAUUCAAUUGAAUCAAAGCUACCUUGACAGGCUUUGUCAUUGUGUUAACUGAUUUUCCGUACCUAGUGUAGGACCGAAGAAUUGCAUUACCAGUCUCAUUGCUGAGAUUAUAGGGGGUUUAUGUCAACAUACUAACUCUACAUGUUAUUCGCUUUUCGUUAAAUUGUGCUCUAAAAAGUAUUAGUUGAUAUAGAGAACAACGUUUUUGAACCGAAAAACCUGGAUUGAACUUUCAAAUACAAAAGAAUCCAACGACUAUCAGCAGUUCUGCAUCUUAGUACUGCAGCAACUGCUCUUCAGCACUAGAUUUACCUAGCCGAAACUCUAUUUCACCAAACACUGUAGUUACAAAAAUUAAUUAUUUUUAACUACAAAACAAAACAAUUAAACGAAUGACUCCUAUAAAUUCAUGCUACGAGGAGUGAUGAAGAAGGUGCUUCAAUCUAUUGCUCUUUAACUACUUGGUCCUUUCCCUACAUCUCUUCGUACGGUUUAGAAUGUUAGACCCCCACAUUCCGAACCCCCACAAACUCAACACCAAAAACUCACCACCAAGAAAGCCACACAUACAUAGUCUUUAGGACGAGACGGUACUAAGGAAGG